CACAGUAGCUCCACGCAACUUUACGUCAACUCGAUAUGGCGUGACAAUUCGCCAUGCUCUAUCGGCAAUUCGACUUAUGUUGACAACGAUCAAUGUAAAAGAUAUCACAAUGCGCAUUUCCACGUCGUUCCUGAGUUCUACACUCGUCAAAUAGCAACCAUGAAAUUCACAGCAUCAGCACUUACAACGCUGGCCUUAAUCAGCCAAGCAGCAGCCAAAUUCUGCGCCUUUGACACUCUAUUAGGAUUGGGCACUUCCACCUUCGAUCUACCAUACAACUUUCACCUCCUCACCCGCGGCGAAAAUGGCACGACGUAUCCUGUCGUGAGCGCUCCCGUCCCAGAGGGUGGCAGCUUCUUCUUCUCGCUUUUCAUCGGCUCAAAGAACAUCCCUCUCGAUGACCCAUCAGUGCCCACCUUCACCAUGCAGGGCGGUACGGCUUAUGCCAAUGGAGGAAGAGUGACUGCUUCGGAAGGAAUCUCACUUCUGGCACCCAUUCCGCUUUACGUCGCUGCCGACAAUCGGCAAUACGUCCAGGGAUUCGCCGCUGUGAAUGUCACUUGUGAUGGCAAACCGGAACUCAGCUUAAGAUUCACAAAUCUGUUGCCCAUUCCGUUGGCGCCAGCCUCAGUGAACGGCACACUUGCCCCCGGAUCGGCUGUUUUGACACCCAUUGUAGACAGUCUGCUCACGUUGUACAACCCCAUCGAUCUAAUCGUCGUUCCGAUCAAGCCGAAAGACCAAUCCGUUCGACGACGACGAGCCUUCGUUGCCUAGAUGAUAAACAGUGGGAGAACGUAUGUCUCUACCACCAUAUAAGGCUUCGCUCUGGGAUGAGCAUGCUGGCACGCUACCUUGGUGAUUAGAGUAAGCGGGCCAGCAGCU